AUCCUUUCCUCUAAUAACUUCUUUCAUUUCUACCAAUAUGUCAUUCCCUGGCCAAGGUUUGUAAUAAACAGAAUCUCAUAACGUCCUCCAAAAAUGUCAUAAAAUUUCUUCACGUCCAUUAUAUUAUUAUUCUCUUAGCUAGCAUUUGGAGGAGAGGGUCAAGCACCUCCUUGAGCCCUUCUCCACCUUCACAUAUAUUGAAUAGGAAUAAUUAGUAAAAAAAAUAUUAAUCAAAAGAAAGAAAAAAUGGCUGACGAGGAGAAGAAGAAAAAUAUGCUCGUCCUAGGCGUGUGCUCCCUACUUCUUGUGGCUAUGGUUAUUGGGUUAACAAUAGGCACCGGCGGCCGAGACACAACGGUUCGCAAGGAAAUAAGUUCGUCGGAAAAAGCCAUCGAAUCGAUAUGCAAACCCACUUCCUACAAAGAGACAUGCAUCAAGAGCCUCAAGUCAUCUUCGGCCGCGAAUGCCACAGAUCCAAAGGAGCUUAUCCAAGCUGCCAUGGAGAUGACGAUCAAAGAAAUACGCGGGGCGAUGAAUAACUCGACGUUGUUCAAGGAGGUCCACAAGGACCCGAGAUCGAAAGAGGCAUUCGAGAACUGUCAAGUCCUUGCGGAGAGGGCCAUAGAUGAUCUGGAUAGGACAUUCAAAAAGUUUAGCGAGUUUGAUCUAAGUGACUUGAACAAUUGGUUGUCGGAUUUGCAGACAUGGCUUAGCGGUUCCCUCACGUAUCAAGAAACCUGCCUUGAUGGGUUUGAAGGAAUUUCCGGAGAUUAUCAGACAAAAAUGAAGAAUCUCCUCACAACUUCCAUGCAAUUAACGAGCAAUGCUUUAGCUAUGGCUACCGAAAUCUCUUCGGUUCUCUCAAAUUUGGGGGUCCAAGGCAUCAACGAUGGCGCGAACAGACGUCGCCUCCUUGUGGAUGAUCAUAAGCACAUCGACGGGUACGAAUUGUUGCACCCCAAUUGGAUCGAACAUGGAAGGGGAAGGUUGCUCACGGGUAAGAGGUCGGACAUCAAGCCAGAUCUGGUUGUGGCCAAGGACGGAUCGGGGAAGUACAAGACCAUAAAUGAGGCAUUGAAGGAUAUCCCAAGGAAUAGUAACAAGACCUUUGUGUUGUACAUCAAAGAAGGUGUAUACGAGGAGGAAGUUAGGUUCUUUCGCAAUAUGACAUAUUUGAUGGUCAUGGGUGAUGGCCCAACCAAGACUAAAAUCACUGGAAAGAAGAAUUUCAUUGAUGGGGUUUCCACUUUUCAUACUGCAACCGUGGCUGCUCUUGGAGAUUAUUUCAUGGCAAGGGAUAUAGGAUUUGAGAACGCGGCGGGGCCGGAGAAACACCAGGCGGUGGCAUUGAGAGUGGGCGCCGAUAGGUCUCUCUUUUACAAUUGCCAAAUAGAUGGCUACCAAGACACUCUCUAUGCCCACACCUACCGCCAGUUCUACAGAAACUGUGUCAUCUCCGGGACAAUCGACUUCGUGUUCGGCAACGGCGCCGUGGUCCUCCAAAACUGCACGCUCGUCGUCCGGAAGCCCCUUGAGAACCAGCAGUGCAUCGUGACCGCCCAGGGCCGCAUCGACCCGCGCCAGCCCACCGGGCUUGUGAUUCAGAACUGCAGCUUCGUGGCCGACCCCGAGUACCACCCGGUCCGGUUCACGCUCAAGUCGUACUUGGGCCGGCCAUGGAAGGAGUACUCGAGGACCGUAAUCAUGGAGUCCUACAUUGACGACCUCAUCCAGCAGGACGGGUGGUUGCCUUGGAACGGGGACUUCGCGCUGGAAACGCUCUUCUAUACGGAGUAUAACAAUAGAGGCCCGGCUUCUGGUAAGGACAACCGGGUGAAAUGGAAGGGUGUUAAGGAGCUUCCACUGAACCGGAUUGAGCGGUUUACGGCGGCCAGGUUCAUACAUGGUGAUACCUGGAUUAAGUCGACCGGGCUCCCAUAUAACCCGGGUUUCAUCCUCCCCCCGCCCAAGCCCAGUGCCACCGUUACUUACUCUCCUGUUGUGCUCGACGAGACCAAGGAUUUGGUUGCCCAAGAAAAGGCUGCGUAUGAUCCUCCCAAACCGGUUUCUGCUCCUCAACCGGCCCCACCGGUUCAGGUUGAACCGCCAUUCACGUCAGCAUCCAGUCCAGCACCCCCUGAAGAUGAUGGUCUUGCACCGACAGAAUCAGCUGUAACUCCGGUUCUAUCACCCAGUGACCUGUCAUCGUUGGCUCCGGUUCGCCAACCGGUUCAAUCAUUCCCAACCGGUUCGAUGUCAUCUCCGGAAAUGGCAGAAGCUCCCAUUGCAUUGAAACCCAGCAUGGGGCCAUCAGCAGUUCAAGAAGAGGCGCCGGAGUCAACCCAAGCCUCAGUAGCUCCAGUUUCGGCUCCUGUGUCGUUACCUUCGGUUUCGUCCGAGCCACCAGCAGAGGCGGCGGCAGCUGAAGUCCCCACCGCCGCAACUCCGGUUGAAAACGUAGCUACACCAGUUGAAGAAGAAGCAGCUAAACCUGCCGCUGCUGCGCCACCCACUCUGACGCAAUCGGCCCUCACUCCAAGAGCCGAAACAACUGUCCCAGCACCCGGAAGUCAAGAAUCCAAAAGUUCAUUGAGUGGUGUUUUGGACUUCUUUUGAGAUAUUUUAAGGAUUGAAUAUAUUUAUUUUUGUCUUCUUUACAUUUCUGUCAGCCUCGCAAGGGCUAAAAACAUUUUAGUACUUCACUAAUGUAACAAAUAAUUAUUUCCUUCUUUCUAUUACUACGGAGUAAAAAUUACGGAGUAGAUUAAUUCAAUAAUCCGCCUAAGAUCCACAUGACCUCAUUUAAGUAAAUUACAAGAAUAAAAAAUACUCCCUCCGUCCCAUUUUAAAUUACAUAUUUUCCUUUUUUCUCCGUCCUAAAAUAAAUUAUCUGUUUCUUA